GCGCCUGUCCCUGCGGCUGCCACCUUUCCCGGAAGCGCCUACUCCUCCCUGCCCGCCUGGCUCCUCCCUGCAGCCAGUCGCAGCCCUUGCUUCCCGGCGAGGCGCUGCUUCCUCUUGGCCGGUGUACACAGACCCGAACGCGGCGUGCCCUUGGCGGGGAGACCCCUCUUCCUUGCCCUCCUUCUCCUCCUCCUCCUCCUCCCUGGCCCAUGGAGGCGCCCUAUUCCCGCGGGCAGAAGGAGAACCCGCUCCGCCAGGCCGGCUUCUGCUCUCGGAUCUUCUUCUGGUGGCUAAAUCCAUUAUUUAUUACUGGUCAUAAACGAAAACUAGAAGAAGAUGAUAUGUAUAAAGUACUCACAGAAGAUUCCUCUAAGGUGCUGGGGGAGGAGUUGCAGUGGUACUGGGAUAAAGAGAUUCAAAAGGCGAAAAAAGAAGCAAGGACGCCACAUUUAACCAAAGCAAUCAUGCUUUGUUAUUGGAAAUCGUACUUUGCAUUGGGAUUUUUCACGCUGAUUGAGGAAGCAUUCCAUGUUAUUCAGCCAGUGUUGUUGGGAAUGAUGAUUGCUUAUUUUGAAAACAUUGGCUCCAUCAAUGACGAUGAGCAUGCUUUGAAAUACGCCUACAUCUCUGCAGCAGCUUUGUCUCUGUGUACUAUCGUUUUGGCCAUCUCUCAUCACCUGUACUUCUAUCAUGUGCAGCGGGCUGGCAUGAAGCUGAGAGUAGCCAUGUGCCAUAUGAUUUAUCGUAAGGCACUUCGUCUGAGUAAUACAGCCAUGGGAAAAACUACAACUGGUCAAAUUGUAAACCUUUUGUCAAAUGAUGUGAAUAAAUUCGAUCAGGUGACUAUUUUCUUGCAUUACCUGUGGGCCGCACCUCUUCAAGUGACAAUCAUAUCUGUACUUCUUUGGAUGGAAAUUGGACCGGCAUGCCUCGCAGGAAUGGCUGUUCUGAUCAUACUCCUUCCUCUGCAGUCCCUCCUUGGAAAGUUGUUCUCAUCGCUGAGGAGCAGGACUGCAGCCUUGACAGAUGUGAGGAUCCGGACCAUGAAUGAGGUCAUCGCUGGAAUGAGGAUCAUAAAGAUGUAUGCCUGGGAGAAGUCAUUUGCUGAUCUUGUCAGCAGCAUCAGAAGAAAGGAAAUUUCCAUGGUUCUUAAGAGCUCUUACCUUCGGGGAAUGAACUUGGCCUCUUUCUUCAUUGCCAGCAAAAUAACCAUGUUCAUGACAUUCAUGACCUACGUUUUACUUGGCAAUGUCAUCACUGCAAGCCGAGUGUUUGUUGCAGUGUCGCUGUAUUCGACUGUGAGAUUGACGGUCACUCUCUUCUUCCCGGCGGCUAUUGAGAAAGUGUCCGAAGCAUUGGUCAGCAAUCGACGAAUCAAGAACUUUCUGAUCCUUGAUGAAGUUUCCCAGCUCACCCCACAGCUCAAAACCAACAAUGAAGUGGCUCUUGCUGUGCAUGAUUUGACUUGCUACUGGGACAAGACUCUGGAAAUGCCAACACUUCAAAAGAUUGCAUUUACUGUCAGACCGGGAGAGUUACUCAUUGUGAUUGGCCCUGUGGGAGCUGGAAAAUCUUCCCUCUUAAGUGCUAUUCUUGGAGAACUAUCUGCAAGCAAAGGUUUCAUUGAUGUUCAAGGAAGGAUUGCAUAUGUUUCUCAGCAGCCAUGGGUGUUUUCUGGCACAGUAAGAAAUAACAUACUCUUCGGAAAGGAAUAUUACAAGGACAGAUAUGAGAAGGUUCUAAAAGCCUGUGCCCUUAAAAAAGAUAUGGAAUUAUUGGCAGAUGGAGACCUAACAGUGAUAGGAGACAGAGGAGUUACACUGAGUGGAGGGCAGAAAGCCAGAGUCAACCUUGCCAGAGCUGUCUAUCAGGAUGCAGACAUCUACCUCCUGGACGAUCCGUUGAGUGCAGUGGAUGCAGAAGUUAGCAGGCAUCUGUUUGAAAAGUGUAUCUGUCAGACUUUGCACAAAAAGGUGUGUAUUUUAGUGACCCACCAGCUGCAAUAUCUACAGGCUGCAAAACAGAUCCUAAUUUUAAAAGAGGGUGUGGAAGUUGGGAAAGGGACAUACUCUGACAUCCUGAAGUCAGGAAUAGAUUUUGCUUCCCUUCUGAAAAAACCAGAUGACGAUCAGGUGCCUCUCCCAGGGACUGCCGGGCACCAGCUAUCAAGGAUCCGGACAUUUUCUGAGUCCUCUGUGUGGUCAAUGGAGUCUUCUGUUCAGUCACAGAAAGAUGGGGCUGCAGAACCUCCUCCUAUGGAACCUCUCCUAACCGCAUUGCCAGAAGAGAGUCGUUCAGAGGGGAAAAUUGGCUUUAACAUUUAUAAGAAGUAUUUUGCUGCUGGGGCAAAUUAUUUUGUCAUAUUUAUAAUUUUCUCUCUCAAUAUUUUGGCACAGGUUGCCUAUGUGCUUCAGGAUUGGUGGCUUUCUUACUGGGCAAAUGAACAACUAAAACUGAACGUUACUGCAAUGGCAAACGCUGGAAUAAAUGAGACAAGAACACUUGAUCUUGACUGGUAUUUGGGAAUGUAUGCAGGUUUUACUGUGGUGACCGUACUGUUCAGCAUACUGAGGAAUAUAUUGAUGUUUCAAGUUUUGGUCAAUGCUGCCCAGACUUUACAUAACAGCAUGUUUCAAUCAAUUUUGAAAGCUCCGGUGCUCUUCUUUGAUUCAAACCCUAUUGGAAGAAUUCUGAAUCGGUUCUCCAAAGAUAUUGGCCACCUGGAUGACUUGCUUCCAUUAACAUUUCUAGACUUUGUACAGACUUUUCUUCAGAUUUGUGGGGUGGUAGCAGUGGCCAUUGCAGUGAUUCCUUGGGUUCUUAUCCCUUUAGUUCCACUACUUAUCCUUUUCAUCAUGCUUCGCCGGUAUUUCUUGGCUACAUCAAGAGAUAUUAAACGUUUGGAAUCCACAACUCGAAGCCCGGUGUUCUCUCAUUUGUCAUCAUCACUUCAGGGAUUGUGGACUAUUCGUGCAUUUAAAGCAGAGCAAAGAUUCCAAGAAUUGUUUGAUGCUCACCAAGACCUUCACACGGAGGCCUGGUUCUUGUUUUUGACUACCUCUCGAUGGUUUGCUGUCCGCCUGGAUGCCAUCUGUGCUGUCCUUGUGGUGGUGGUUGCCUUUGGUUCUUUGCUUCUUGCACAUACUCUCGACGCAGGACAGGUUGGCCUAGCUUUGUCCUAUUCAAUCACUCUCAUGGGAAUGUUUCAAUGGGGAGUUCGACAGAGUGCCGAAACUGAAAAUCUGAUGAUAUCAGCAGAACGAGUAAUGGAAUACACCGAUGUUGAGAAAGAAGCACCUUGGGAGUCAAACAAGCGUCCGCCAUCGGAAUGGCCCAGUGAAGGUGUUAUCGCAUUUGAAAAUGUGAACUUCACAUACAGCAUUGAUGGUCCUUUGGUGCUGAGACAUUUAACUGCAGUAAUCAAAUCCAAAGAAAAGAUUGGAAUUGUGGGAAGAACAGGAGCUGGAAAGAGCUCUUUAAUAGCUGCUCUUUUCCGGUUGGCUGAGCCCCAAGGAAGAAUUUGGAUUGAUAAGUAUUUGACAUCAGAAUUAGGACUUCAUGACUUGAGGAAGAAAAUUUCAAUCAUACCCCAGGAGCCCGUUCUCUUUACUGGAUCCAUGAGGAGAAACCUGGAUCCUUUUGAUGAAUAUACAGAUGAGGAGUUAUGGAGUUCUUUGGAAGAGGUCCAGCUAAAAGAGACCAUAGAAGAACUACCUAACAAACUGGAAACCCAGCUUGCAGAAUCUGGAUCUAAUUUUAGUGUUGGUCAGCGACAGCUUGUAUGCCUGGCCAGGGCUAUUCUGAAGAAGAAUAAAAUAUUGAUCAUUGAUGAAGCAACAGCAAAUGUGGACCCAAGAACGGAUGAGCUGAUUCAAAAGACAAUCCGUGAAAAGUUUGCCCAGUGUACUGUGUUGACGAUUGCACACAGACUGAACACUAUCAUUGACAGUGACCGGAUCAUGGUUUUGGAUUCAGGACGACUGAAAGAAUAUGAUGAGCCAUACAUUUUGUUGCAAGAAAAGGAAAGCCUGUUUUACAAGAUGGUUCAACAAUUGGGUAAAGCUGAAGCUGAAUCUAUAAAGGAAACAGCAAAACAGGUUUAUUUCAAGAAGAAUUAUCCUGAAGUUACGCCAAAUGGUCAAGCAGCCACCAAAUCAGUGGAUGAUUCCCAAGGAUUAAUUAUUUUUGAGACUGCAGUAUGAUCCCAUGUGAUCAUGGUUUCUGGAGUGAAUAUUUUUCUCAAGGAUUAUAAAAUAUUAAUGCAAUACAAACCAAAUGUUACUGUUAAUUAGAAAUACUGUUUUUGCACUGAAUAAUUACUUGUUACUUUGAAAAAAAAAUUAUGCCCCAUUUAUGUUGACCAUGCAAUGUUGUUCAAUUUUUUUUUAAAAAAUGCAGUAUGUUUUAAAUGUAGGUUUUUUAAAAAAAAAAGCUCAAUGCAGCACAUGCUGUAAAACUGGGCUCUCUACUGGAACAGUGAAGCUUGGGCAACCCUGACCUCUUCCUUUGUUUUAAAAAUGCCUUGACAAAGAAAGACUUCACCCUAAGACUCUAUUCUUCAUCAUUGCUCCUGGAUCAUUCAAAAGAGUAAACAUAGCUGCCUAAACAUUACUCUUAAGACAGUGUAUUAGGCACAGUUGGAACUGGUGCUAAGUCUUGUUGCUGUAUAAAAAUGACUUUUGGCUAGAGUCAGGGUUGACCAAUGGCCUCACUACCUGUCAUGGCAUUGCCCUGGUGGAAGGUGUCUCAGGUCCACAGUAUUCGUUUUUGAACUACACCUCCCAGCAUCCCCCAGUUAGUGUGGUGACUGGUAGGGGAGAAAGAUUUCCAUGCUUGGUUUAAACCUAAUCCAGAGGCCUAUAGGAUAUCUUGUCAAUGUGCCUUACCAAAAGUGAAAUGUACUGAUAUCCCACCAUCAUAUAAGUUGUUUUUGCUUUUGUGAUUCUCUUCUAAGCACAUGAGGUUCAUUAUAGGUCCCUAAUAAUAUAGACCAGCCUGAAAGGUAUCAGACACAUUAAUCUAUCCUCCCAUUUGACCAUUGUGUUCAUGUUAGCAGAGCUUGGAAUUGUGAUUCCAAGGCAGGGAGAGUAAUGUUUGGAAAACAACCCUUUCAAACUCUCCCUGUUGUAUAUGUAAGCCAAUGGUACCAAACACCUUUGACUUUUGCAAUGUAUUUUCUCAGGUGGGAAACAAAGAAUGUAUUUUUUAUUGCUUUGCAGAUAGAAGCAAAUCUGGGAAAUGAAUGUUACUUUACUCAAAGAAUGUAUAUUUAUGAAUCCUGAGCUGUAUCAGUGUAAUGUUCAUAUCACACUUUUUAAAUGCCUCCAUAAAAGGUUUUCGUUCAAGAAAUGAGCGAGCCCAAGGUUGCUUUUCUGGAGAAAAGUUUUAAAAUAUAUCCUUUUUGUCUUUGGAAGAAAAUAAUCAUUAGAAGUGUGCCACUAAGAUUGUACUUCAGGCUCAUAUACUCAGUAAUAUACUACUAUAUUUGCAGGGGAUGAAGUAUGGCAGCCUGCAUACUUUUAGGAGAGUAAAUCUUAACCAGAUGUAGCCACAAUCCUAUGUUUUUUUGAACAUAGAGUAAGAGUCCCUCAUGUAGGACUCUACCACAACAAAUCACCAAGGAUGUCUUUUGUAGAGAUUUGUUGGAUCCUAUAGAGAUCUUAGCAGACAAUGUCAUCAGUUUGUGUCUCACUAUAGAAUCUGUUCUUUCCCACCAGCAUGGGAAUAGCAGCGUCUUUUUACUCUGUUAUAGACCAAUGGUGAGCCCUGGAAGGACUUUAAAUGUAGCAGAAGGUGGAAGUGGUUACUAAGCCCCACAAUGACCAAAAAACACCCAUAAGGUGGACUUACACCUGUAUAUGCCAAUAAUAGGAUGCCAGCUGUUAACUAUUUUUUAAAGUCCCCCAGGGAAUCCGCCUGUACAUUUCCCCCUACCUCCUCACAACUUUCCCCCCAAACAUAUUUUAUUUUUCCAAAACUCAAAAUACCCUUUUCCCCAGAAGAAGCCCUUAUUUAUUAGGAAAGUAAGCCAGAAGCUAUAUUCCAGUUUACUUCCUUGAUAAAUAAAGGCUUCUCCUGAGUCCUAGGGUAGGAUAGGGAGAUGAAUGGAGUGAAAUUGCCAUAUGAAGAUGAAAUUUUGAAUGUAAAAAACUGAAAACUGAAUCUAAACAAUCUGUGUGGCUGUAUGGCUAUUUAGUUUUCUGCCUAUAUGGCACCCCAGCCCUUGGCAUUUAUCUAUUUCUGAUUUAAGGGCCAGGAUAAUCCUUCUGAGGCCAAGCAGAUAUUUUCCCCUCAUCCUGUUUUUUUCUUCUUCUUUUUUUGUGAGAUCCAUUUUUCAGGAUCAACACUGUAACUUGGAGAAAGGUCAAGUAAAUGUUGAAUUACUGGUUGUGAACAUUCUACCAAAUACUUUUCCUGUUACUACCUCUUUAAAAGAUACAUUUUCUGAAUGUUCCAUAAAAAUGACUAAAGAAUGUGAAUAUCACAAAUACAUUUAAAACCUAAUUGCCUUGCUGAACCUUGUGGAAGACUUGUAUGUUAUUGCAAACUUAUCUGAGAGAGAAAUCCAGCAUGUGUCUCAUGAUGACCACUGUUGAUUGCUGGGAGGCUCUUAAAGGUUAUAUUUAUCUGUUCUCUGAGUAUAUUUGCAUACAUUGAUGAAAAAGGUUCACCCAUUAAUUUUUUAAAAUGCACAAUCUUUUUAGAGUGAUCCUAAAUAGUGUUCUGUGCUAUGGAGGUGUGUAAAUAUUGGUUCAGUAGUGUUUAAAAUAAAUUAUUUCACCCUAAAUUGUUUCCAAAGUAAGGUUGUCCUCCAUGUUGCAGGGAGCAAUAGACCCUGGUUUCAUCUUCCUGUUGGGAGAGCCAGACAGAUCUUGCUAUAUCAGGUCAUAGAAGUAGCAUAUUUUACUUACUUGAAUCAAUUUGAUACUGUAGCUUUUCGAAUGUUAACAAAAAAUGCUAGGUAUCUGUGAGAACGCUGUAUGUGCUGUUUUAACGUGUUUUGACAAGAUAAUCCUGGCUUCAUGUAUCCUGAUGUCAGUGGAAUAGAUACGAAAAUGAAAAACACUGAAAGUCAGAGACUACCAACAAAUGAAGCCUGUACUAGGAACCUUUCCUAGCUCCAUUAAAUAAUAGCUUUACUUUCUGUAAGGAUUGUGAAAGACAUGAUUCAGAUCUAAACCCCUGCUUUUGAAAUGUAAUUGCUGUUGCACAUACACACAUCCUGAAUAAGAUACAGAGUGAGAUCCAGAAAUUACAGAAUGAAGUAUUAAUAGUUUUGCCUCUGGAAGGAGGGUGUGGGUCCAAGUCAAUGUCCUAUCCUAUCCUAUCCAAUUUGUCAUCAAUCCACUCCUUUGGACUUCACCAGAUCUAUCAUUUGUCAAAAUAUAUGAUCCUGUGCUUUUCUUUUCCAUUUCUGGCUGAAUAGCUUAACCAUUGGUUCAUCCCAUUGAAUACAGGCCACUUGUGGUCUCUUGGUAUCCAGUUUGUUAGUCAACAUGUCCUUCGGUUGUCUUUUGUUUGUGCUAUAUGCCCUGCCCAUCUUCUUUUUGCCUCAUAGAUUUCAUUGACCACAUCCCGUACGCUGGUUCUUUGACGCAGCUCUUUAUUGCUGACUUUAUCUCUUAUUGUCAUAUGACACAUCCUUCUUUCCAUUGCUCUUUUUCCUUCUCUAACUUUGUUGUUGUCCAUGUUUCAGAUUCGUAAAAUAUUACUAAUAAAACUGUAGUGUUGAAGAUAUCUGCUUUGACCUUCAUUGGCAGCUUAUCAUCUGUUAGCACUGUCCGGUUUCGAUUAAAAGCUGUCCAAGCAGCCUUGCGUCUUCUUACCCAUUUGCCAAAUUAUUUGACUGUACUUGUUGUCCAAGAUAUACAUAUCCAGCCACAAUUUCAUCUCUGUGUAUAACACUGGCGCUGAACACACUCCUCAUUUUUCCUCCAUUUUGUUUUCUUCAAGUUCAUUUCCAGUCUUACUGAUUUUGAGAGUUGUACUUGUUGGAGAUCAUGUUGUAAAUCUUCUGGAUUUUUGGCAAAUAGGACGCAAUUGUCUGCAAAGAGGAGAUAAAGUUGUUUGUCAUCAAUUGAAAUCCCGCCCUUAAAUGUAAUUUUUCCAAAGUUGCCACAAACAAUUUUGUAUCUCCUUGAUGCACUCCUUUGUUUAUUCUGAUAAGACACACUUCUGAUAACAGUUUAAUAUCUGUUAUCUGUAUUGAUACUUUUUACGAUGUUCACAUACGCUGGAUUUACACCGGCUUGGUACAGAGCAUUAAGGAUAGCAUUUAUCUAAACUGAGUCAAAGGCCUUUUGGUAAUCAACAAAAGCAAGACAAACCAGGAUUCAAUGUUCUCUGCUUUUUUUCCAAUAGCUGUUUGACUGCAUGAAUAUGAUUGAGGGUGAAGCCUGCUAGUUCCACAUCUUGAGAUAUUAUUUGUAGCAAGAUCUUUGUGAACAGUUUAUAUAGUUGAGAGAGAAGUGGAAAUAGUUGCUAAGGUUUUCUAUGUUUCCUUUCUUCAUUAGAAGUACGAUUUCAGACAUUGUCCAAUCUUUAGGUAAGAUGGCACUUCACAAGUAUUGCAUAAAAUGUUCUGCGAUCGCCUUUUAAAGAUUAUGACCUCCCACUUUUAGGUGUUCUAUUCUUAUUUCAUCCUUUCCUGGCUUCAUUUUAUGUAUGGCCGCAUCUACCUCACUCAAUGAUGCUAUCGAGAUUUCUUCCAUCUCAACAUGUGGUUUGACUUUGACUACCUGCACUUGGGAAUCUUAUAAGUUGUUAUGGAAGUCUUUGCAUAUCUGUUUCAUUUCCAAUCUAUUUGUUAUGCACAUUCCAUUUUUGUUUUUUAGUGCAAUUGGUAGCUUUUUCUUCAUUUUCAGCUGCUUUUCCUCUUUUUAAAGACUUUUCUUGUUCUCUGCAGCCACUCUUAAUUGCAUAAUCUGAUAUUCGUCAUAGGCUCUUUUGAAUGUCAUUUCAAAGUUUUUGUACUCCUCCCCUUUUGCUUGGCCAUCUGCCAUUCGCGGAGCUCUGACUGCCAUUAAGUGUUUUGUGUCUGGUUGGAUUCUUCUAACCUUCAUUGGGAGAAAUUGGUUCAAUGUAUUUAGAGAGUAAUUGGUUUAAAUUUUCCUAUGGUAAAUUUCCCCCUGUAAUUGUAGAAUCAAUAUUUGCCAUGUCAGUUACCUUCCAUGGGGAAAAUUAUUUCUUAAGUAUUUGCUAGAUCCUCCAGGCAAUUCUAUGAUAUGCUUCCCCAGGAAGUUAACAUAGAGUUGACUUGGAGAACCUAAUGUAUUUUGAGAGGAUGUCUCUCUAGGAAUUUCUGGGUCCCUUAGGAUGACAUUCUAGUAUACUGGGAUCAGAUAUCUAUAUACAUGUUUUAUUGUAUUUUUAGAAUGUCAAGCGGUUUCAACCUUCCUUCUAAUAAGGUCAGUAAUUAUUUAGUUGAAAGUCUGGGUUUUAAAGAAACAUUCCAUACAGAAAGUAUAAGGCUGAUUUGCAUUGCAAGUUAAAUUUUAAAUCAGCAAGAAAGGCUACCAGAGAUUUACUUUGCUUGUUUUCAAACAUGCAACCAUAUUUAACUUACUAGAAUCAUAAAAUAGAAUCAUAGAGUUGGAAGAGGCCUCAUGGGCCAUCCAGUCUAACCCACCUCCAAGAAGCAGGAAAAUCACAUUCAAAGCACCCCCGACAGAUGGCCAUCCAGGCUCUGCUUAAAAGCCUCCAAAGAAGGAGCCUCCACCACAGUCCUUCUGAACAGCUCUCACAGUGAGGAAGGUCUUCCUAAUGUUCAGGAAAAACUACGUUUUGCAUCAGCUUAUAUAUUAUUUCCCGAAAUGAUUUAGUACUUGAAAAUUGAGAGCAAACCAGUAGCUGUAUUAUUUCUAUAUCUUAGAAACCAAGAGCAUCUGGAAACCAUUGUCACAGCAACUCUCAUUAAACAAAUUAUGCAGAAAUUUGAAAUGGAAGCAUCACUGCCCUAAUCAAAUAUCGUAUACCUUUAUGGCUUCAUCACCAGUUGCCUUUUAAAAUCCUGAAAUGGGUCAUGUUUGUGUGUCCCUAAGAUGAAGCAGCAAAAAAUGUUCCUCACAGCUUGCUUUUUAGUUUGUAAUAAUCACUAAUAAUCUACAAACCGUUGCCUCUGGGGGAAAACAGACUGCACAAAAGGUCUGUAUGGCAAAACAAAUACAGUUAAUUCGCUGAGCAUGUUUAGUCAGAAAGGUUCUGUAUUUUUACUGAGCCCAUUAAUUUAUUGUGUAAUGAGUUGAUUGAGUCUUGUUGUGCUUCCUGACUAUGCCAGGUAGAAUAUAUUAAUUUUGAGUUGAAAACCUCGGGACUUACUUAAAUUAUUAAAGAAGGAUACAGCCUUCCAUUUUAUCACAUUUCCUUUCCUGUCCAACUGCCUGGUUUACUCAAUAUCUACAUUUUGUUCCAUCUCUAAAAUGACUUAUUAUGAUGAUAAACUUUAAAAAACAUGUUUGGAUGUAUCUAUUUUUUUAUUUUUGAGAUCCACUUCAGUUUUGUAAGGCAUCAUUGUCCUUUGUAUGUGUCUUUCUAAUACAAGUAUAUUUCAGUGCCUUUGUAAUGAAAGGUGUACUUUUAAUUGACUAUUUUAGUCAUAAGACCUGUUGCACAGCCAAUUCUUUCAAACAAUAAAGCAUGCUGAUAAAAAGUU